AUGGACUAUGACCCGUACGACGCUCUCCUUCAUCACGUCUACCAACAGACUCAAGGGGAGGCCUGGUUCCGGCCCACGGAAGAAACCAUCGCAACAGGUGUCUGUCUUCGGGUGGCAGCAGGACAUUACCGCGUCUUUCCGUACAACCAGUUGUUACUAGCUCCCUUUGAGGCCGCAGUCAGACUGCUCAAUCCAGUCGUUGCUGUUAAAAUCCGCAGCGCUGCCGUGCACGCCGCAUUCAGUACAAUAACUGAUGCAGAUGCUUCGAUCUAUAUCGAUUCUGACACGAAGAUACAGGUGUUCGAAUCCAUGAACUUCCUACCUCGGGCUGAGAAGGAACAGUGUGCGGCUUUCAUUCGCGAUGAACGGGUUAUCGUUAUAUGGUCAGAUAGCUUUGAUACUAUCAUACCUUUGUGUCGCGACUUAGAGGAGAAACUCAUUAAGUUGGUCUGGCGCUUCCGUCAUCUGGUAUCGUCUGUAUCCACCACCCCGCCAUCUACCAACUCUGUAUCAGUUACCGCUUCUGCCGCUAAUUUGGCAGAAAAGGAUACGGUCCUCACAGAGGCCAUUCCUGUUACAGAGAAAGAGCGAAAUAAUGCGCGUUCGAAGGCACCAGCCAAGAAAUCGAGGUGGGGCUGGAGUUGGCGCGUAUCACCGGAGAAGAGGGGCAUGUAUACCGAGGAAUAUGACCUAGAGAAGGAAGGUUCUCCCGGAAGUCAAGGUCCCCGGCCUAUUCGCCUCUAUGCCCCAUUUUACUGUGGCCUUGCGACGGCAUUGUCGAUAUUUUUCAUUGGCAGUGGACUCAGUGUCCUUUUGGCCGAAUGGCUUCUCGAUGACAAUUACACUCGUUUCAUCCUACUCGUCACAUCACCCUUCCUCUUUUGCAUAUCACUGUUCUUCUGUUUGCAGCUUGUGGGCAACUUAUCUUUGGUGCUUGGUCCGGUUGCCCAGUACCAUGAGAAUUCAAGAUAUUACUCGGCAGUCCCCCCAUCACCGAACAAGGAAGUCGAUGCCGCCCUACCCCACAUUACCGUCGAACUUCCAGUGUUCAAGGAGAGUCUAGAACAUACAAUUGCACCGUCGGUCUUCUCGAUCAAGAAGGCAAUGCAGACAUACGCCAGGCAGGGUGGCACGUCUGCUAUUUUCGUGCAUGACGACGGGUUGCAGCUCAUCAGCCCCAAGGAGCAGGAAGAACGCAUGGCAUUCUAUGCGGACCACAACAUUGGGUGGGUCGCGCGCCCGAAGCAUGAUAGCGCACCAGGCGGCUUCAAGCGUGCUGGCCGGUUCAAAAAGGCGUCAAACAUGAACUACGGGCUCGCGUUAAGUUUGAAACUUGAGAAGCAUUUGAAGGUGCUUGAAGACGCGGAGCAGAGGGGGGAGCUGGAUGACAGCAAAUACGAGUCUCUUGAAGAUAUGGCAUUGGCACUGGCCACGGAGGAGGUGUACAAUGAGAGCGGUGGGAAGUGGCGGCCCUGGGCAAGCAAUGGGAAGUCUUUACGCGUCGGGGAAAUUAUCUUGAUCGUCGAUGCAGACACGAUCGUGCCUGAGGAUUGCUUCCGCGAUGCCGCACGAGAGCUUGCAGAGAGCCCCGACGUCGGUAUUAUCCAGCACGAAUCGGACGUAAUGCAAGUCGCAAAGCACUACUUCGAGAACGGGAUUGCGCACUUCACACGGCGGAUUAACAAGUGCAUUUCUAUCGGGUGCGCGAACGGGGAAGUAGCUCCCUUCGUGGGACACAACGCCUUUCUUCGGUGGUCGGCUCUCCAGGACGCGGCGUUCAUCGAUCCUGCAGAUGGAAAGAAGAAGAUAUGGUCUGAGUCGAAUGUCUCCGAAGACUUUGACAUGGCUUUGCGGUUGCAGCUGAAGCAUUACAGCAUCCGAUGGGCGUCGUACUCCAAGGGUGGAUUCAAGGAAGGUGUGUCCCUCACUGUCGAUGAUGAGCUGAAUCGGUGGCAGAAGUACUCAUAUGGGUGCAAUGAGCUUAUAUUCAAUCCGCUCGUGCAUUGGUGGAAGAUGGGACCGAUUGCUAAGCAGCUUCGCAUUUUCGUGUGGUCUGGAGCUCCAGUGCACUAUAAACUUAGUAUGAUGGCUUACAUGUUCUCGUACUACGGCAUUGCAGCGGCGGCGAUUCUCUCUUUGGUCAACUACCUUUUGCUAGGCUUUCAAGUCGAAGUCGACGGAUUCUUCUUACACAGCUUUGAAGUCUGGCUAGCGUGUACUGUUGUCUUCCCCGGGGUUGGCAAUCUCGGAUUUACGCUUCUCGAGUACCGUCUGGGUCACCGCAACAUUCUAUCUUCGGCAAUCGAGAACGUGACCUGGAUACCUUUCUUUUUCUUCUUCUUUGGAGGGUUAAGCAUCCAUCUUUCUCAGGCAGUGCUCUCCCAUUUAUUUUCUUAUAACAUCACGUGGGGUGCUACGAAGAAGGAGGUCGAACGAUCAAACUUCUUCAUUGAAGUUCCGAAGAUCUUAAAGCGCUUUCGUGUUGCGCUCAUACUAUGCACGAUUACCGUGGUGGGGAUGAUUAUGCUCAGCACGUCACUGGUGCCCGUUGGGUGGCAGGUCGACCCGACUGACUGGGCAGUUAUCCUACCGCUUGCCAUCGUUGUCGGAAGCCACAUUCUCUUCCCUAUUGUCCUUAACCCUUGGUUGAUGAUAUUCUCAUACUAA